AAAUACUUUUUUUUUUACGAAGAUGAACAGGAGAAUGUUUACAACGAUCUUAGGAUAAAAGUUCUUGACCCUGUGGAGGAUGUUCUAACGCAAAUCACAGGCCCUAACAUUGUCCUGGAAACUAUAGCCACACAGAGUUUAUAUUUAGAAGCUUGCAAAUCUAUUGAAGAAAAAAAAUGUUAA